GUAUAAUCCUUAGAGAGAGAAAGUCGAGGCUUGCGCCAGCGCACUACCUACUCGCGAAGCGCGUGUGUGUACGAGCGACGCGGAUGUGCAGGGGGUAGUACGCUCUCGCGCCGAUGACGCGCGAGCUCGGCCGAGACCAAUAUUCGAGAGAGACGGCGUGUGCGUGAAGGCUGUGAGCAGAAACGCUUAUCUUUGACUCUUAGUUGUUGUUGUUUUUGUGGAUCGUGCUGGAGCCGAGGAUAUGACGAGCGACGGAGGAGUGGAAUGAGGAGGGCUGAGAGGCGACUGAUGCGCAGACUGGAUUGGAAUACCGUCGAAACUCCCAGCGCCAAGUAUGUGCGACGUAGGCGAGACUCGUGUUCUCCCGAACGGUGGAACUUCGCCGUCGGUGCUACUGGCCGCUAAACUCCGGAGACCGAGUUGCGACGAGGAGCAGGACAAGAGCAACGGCAGCUCGACGCCCGGUACACCCACCAGCCUCAGACGUGCCGACAGCCUCGAGAAGUGCUUCAGUGAUCCUGAAUUUUUCAAGAAGCAGCGCCAGCGCCAACAGCAGCAGCGCAGCAGAGACGGUUGCGAUCAUCGCUCGACCAGUUCCAGCCGCGGCAACGAGCCCGAGGCGAGCACUGAACCCGAGUGUAACAGACUCGCUGCUGCAGAUGCGUUGCCACCGCCGCCACCGCCACCGCCGCUCGACAACAACGAGGUGAUCACGAACGGCGCAUCCAGGAGCUGCGAGAGCGACGAGUGCGACGGUCCGAAUAACGGAAAAGACAUAAUGGCACCAGUUCUGAGUGUACCGCCUCCUCCGCCACCUGCGCCACACAUGGGUCCAGAUGGCCUGAUUCUGCCCCGAAAGCCAUACAAUCCGUGUUUAACUUCGACUAGCCAUAAGGAUCUCCACAGGGAACUGCUAUUCAACCAAAAAAUAGGAAAAAACGUCCUCAACCAAAAGAGCGAACUCCAGCGAGCAUUGGAGAGACACAGAACGAUGGUUUCCCGCAAGGAAGCCGAGCGAAAUCAGGAAGAGUCAUACAAAAAUGAUCCACGAACAGCCUUGCAACGAGCCAUCGAGCAAAGAGCCAAACACAUACAGCUAUCGCAACAACCUCAGCCAACGGAGCCGCUUAAUCCUCUAGCGACCGCGAGGGCGAAAUUGCGGUCACGCACGGACUCCCAGUGAAGCGCAGAUGCUCGAGCACACCUGAAGAUAAUCAACCUUAUUUUGCGGAAAAAAGCGCUAACGACGAAUCGCGGCUUUUCACAGAAGAAAAUUACACAAACACACACACACGCAGAGAAAAAAUAAGUAUAUUAAUUACUAUACAUUGAAGAUUCUUAUAAGUUUCUUUUCUGCGCUAUACGACGACGACAUUGACGAGGACAGCGUGACUGUGUAAAUAACUCAAAGGCAAAAAGAUACGGAGUGAAAAUCGUUGCGUAAGCCCUUUACCCUUACCUCACAUUAUAUUAUAUUUAUACACUAUCCGCACUUGUACGUACAUUGCAUUGGAUUUCGGAAGAACUAACAAGCAUGUAGCGUCUCCUGUGUCGAUGAUUGACGAACAACGAGAUGACACGCGCGUUGACGAAAAAACGAAGGGGCGAGUAUAAUGAAAUCGGAAGUGAACUAUUUGGAAUUUGGGACCAGCUCCGAGACAGAGUCAACAAGCUUCAAUGUUUGUUGCGAAAAACGAUGACAGCUGCUGGAAUCUUUAGUCUUCUUCGACUAUAUAAGGCCUUACUUGUACUAUAUUUCUUUAAAGCGUUAUUGCUAGCUAUAACGACUAGGCCGGUUAUGUCUCUGCAGUUCGUAGAAUUUAAAAUCCGGGGUUAAUUUAUAAGAGUAUUGACAGAUUCUAACAAGCCAAACAGAUCGAACAAAAGUAUAUUAUUGAACACUGCUGUUUCUUUUGUUUUUCUACGAUAUUACAAAUAGCGAUGAUCUACGAUAACGACUAAUGGUAUUAUAUAGAUGAUAAACGAGAAUUAGAGAGAGAAGAAAUGAUUAUUAUUGUCAAAAAUUCAAAUAAAAAAUGAAAUUAUUUUAUUGGACUUAAGUAUUAUUUUUCCCGUCCUCAUGUUCUCACAAGAAAACGAAUAGACGUCAGGAGAGAAACAAAAUCAAUUCACACGCAAGAAUAAUACAGAAUAUAUGUCUUUACGUAUAUACGCAGUAUGUGUACAUACUUACAAAAGGAAAAAAACAGUGACAAAACUCUUAAUUACGCUGAAAUACAAACAAGUCGAA